AUGGCCGACCCCUCAGCCAACAUGGAGUUGAACAGUCCACUCAACCUCACGCCCGAGGAGAAGCGCAUUUUCGGUGAGCUCUUCCGCCAAGCCGACACUGAGCAGAUGGGCGUUGUUACCGGCGAGGUUGCCGUCAAGUUCUUCGAGAGGACGAAGUUGCCCCCAGCAGUCCUGGGAGAGAUCUGGCAGAUCGCCGACACAGAGAACAGAGGCCUUUUAACUUCAUCGGGCUUCUGCCAGGUUCUUCGUCUGAUCGGCCAUUUCCAAGCCGGCAGGCAACCCAGUCCUGAGCUAGCCUUUCGACCUGGCCCUCUCCCGAAGUUUGACGGCGCACAGCCAGUUGGCACUCCCACACCUGGCCCUAUCCAGCCCCAGAUGAGCGGUGGGCCUAUCCGCGUCCCUCCGCUGACGGCCGACAAGGCCGCGCAGUAUGCCGCGCUGUUUGAUAAGUCGGGUCACCAGAAUGGCGUUCUGCCAGGAGAAUUGGCGAAGAAUAUAUUCGAAAAGGCGAGGUUACCAAACGAAACACUUGGCCGCAUCUGGGCCCUCGCAGACACAGAGCAGCGUGGCGCACUUGGAGUUACCGAGUUCGUCAUCGCCAUGCAUCUGAUCGCCUCAUACACGAGCGGUGCUAUGAAGGGUCUGCCCUCCAACCUUCCAGCUGGUUUGUACGAGGCCGCUAGCCGACGCGCGCCCCCCGCAAUGCGCCAACCACCUCCAGCCGCUCCAAUUCCCCGCCAGCUCAGUGGAGCUGCCGCAGGCCGCACACAGAGCCCUCUGGGCCGCCCAGCAUUUGCGACUCCUCCGCAAUCUGCGCAGCCUACUGGCAACGAUUGGCUGAUUACGCCCCAGGAAAAGGCGUCCUAUGACAACCUUUUCGCUAAAGUCGAUACUUUGGGCCGCGGCUUUCUCACUGGUGAGCAAGCUGUCGUGUUUUUCAGUGAUUCCGGCUUGCCCGAGGAAGUCUUGGCGGCAAUUUGGGAUUUGGCAGACAUCAAUUCCGAGGGACAACUGAACAGGGACGAGUUCGCAGUCGCCAUGUACUUGAUCCGACAGCAGCGGCCCAAGCCCGGUCUGGCAUCGCUUCCGCCUAGCUUGCCACCUAUGCUUGUGCCUCCGAGCAUGCGCGGCCAAGCUCGACCGCAGACACAGGCUGGAGCAGAGGCAUUUGGCACUAACUUUCCCCAACCUCAAGCUCCUCCACAACCUCCACUCCCCAAAUCGGCAUCGGAAGACUUGUUUGGUCUAGAUGCUUUCUCCGCCCCUGCACCGGUGCAACCACAGUCUACUGGCGGUUCGGCUGCUGGCUUUACUGCUGACCCAUUUGGGAACAAAGCUGCUUCCCCAGCCUCACCAGGGAGGGUUACUUUCCAGCCUACGCCACACAAUCCUUCCAACAUCUUUAAGCCGUUUAUGCCUUCCUCUUCAUUUGGUCAAACUCUGACAGCGCAAGGGACCGGUCAAUCCACUGGUUCUCAACCUCGUGCUCCGCCUCCCCAAGUUUCAAUAGAGGACGACCUUCUUGGGGACAACGACCCAGAAGUCAGCAAGAAGCUGACAGACGAAACUUCUGAACUUGCCAACAUGGCCAAUGCUGUCGGGACUCUGCGCAAUAACAUGCAAGAGGUGCAAAACAAGAAGAUCACUACUGAGACCGAGCUCACGGGCUCUAGUGCUCAGAAGCGCGACCUCGAACUUCGCCUGUCUCAAUUCAGGACUCAGUACGAGGAGCAGAUCAAGGUUGUGAAAUCUUUGGAAGAUCAACUGACUACUUCCCGAAAUGAGACUAGGAAGCUCCAGCAGGAGUUUGCUAUGAUUCAGGGAACGUACCAGGAUCUCCAGACGCAACAUCAACAAGUUUCUGGCUCUCUGCAGGCUGACCAACAGGAGAAUGCCAGCCUCAAGGAACGCAUUCGCCAGAUGAACGCAGAGAUCGCUCAGCUCCGUCCUCAACUGGACAAGAUGCGCUCCGACGCACGCCAACAGAAAGGCAUGGUUGCAAUCAACAAAAAGCAGCUAGCCACAAAUGAGGGCGAGCGCGACAAGAUCAAGAAUGAGAUGAAUGAUCUGACUCGUCAGGCACAGCAGAACCGUCGCGACUCUGAAGCCAGGCCAGGAUCCUCAGCGGCCGCUGCCAGUCCCGCACCGUCGAACGCCAGCCACAGUACUAACCCCUUCUUCAGAAGGUCGCCCCAACCCCAGGCUGAAAACACCAUGUCCCCCUCUGGCUUCUCCCGCGAACAGACUAACUUUGACAACUUCUUCGGUCCCUCUAUCUCCCCACAACCUGGCGCCGCCCCAUCGACUUCUUUCAAACAGGAACCGAAUGUUCCGGCUUUCUCUGCUCCAUCAGGACCUUCAGUACAAUCUUCUGAGCCAGGUGUGCCUACCCCUUCAACUUCUCCUCUCUCUUCAUACCAUGAGUCUCCGCGUGGUGGAGAGCCGCCAGCUCCUCCGGAGUCCCGGCAGUUCUCGUCCAGCAUCCUACCUAUCCGCGAAGGCAUCAACCGCAACGAGUCUUUCAACUCUUCGGUCAAGGCCACUGCUCCAUCGAGCCGAUACGGAGGCACUGGUAACGAAACUCCGGUGGCUCCUGGAUCCCCCUACAAUGGAUUAUACAAACCAGCCUUUGAGAGGACUGAGACUAAUCGCACAGACUUUACCUCACCAUUCAACCGCAACCUUAGCGCUUCCCCUGCCGUGAGCGCGACGAGCGAGGCUGCCAAGUCUGCACCUCAAGCCGAAGAACACAAGGAUUCGUUCUCAUUCACCGGUCCAUCACCAGCCGCCACAGAUAUGCCUGGCGCAUUCCCCGAUAUUAGCACCCCGAUCCAACCUGAGGUCACUGGCCAAAGCACCAGGAGCAACCAAAGCAAAGGCAGCUUGAGCUUCGGCCAGCGCAAUGAUCCUUUCGGUCCACCCAGAAGUGGUUCUGCUGCCAAGGUUGACUUCGACGCCGCAUUCGCCGGCUUCGGUUCGGGUCGUCAGUUCCAAGAGAGACAGAACACUGGCUCUUCUAUGAACGGCUCAGUUGGUUCUGCUGCUGCGUCAAAGUUUAACCAGGAGUUCCCCCCUAUUGAGAAUCUCAAUGUUGAGGAUGACAGCGACUCGGGCAGUGAGCGCGGCUUUGAUGACAACUUUGUUCCCUCAUCUCCUCAACAGCAGAGGGGCGAGUCUAGACCUGGCACCAGUGGCAAGGAAGGAGCUGGGGACGAUUUCGCCCAGCAACGUCUGCAGCCCACUCAGUCGGCUUCAAGCACAACUGAGCUUCCCACGCCUAACGCGCAGAAGCCCCCGCCAACCUAUGAGCAGACCACCGGAAACCAAGGUGGCGUCAGGGAGUCGGAUGGCUUCCCUCAGGAAUUUGGCGGACUUCUUCCUUCCCGCCAAGAUCCAACGGCUCAGCCGCAGGGUUCGCAAUCCCAAGAGAAGCCCCAGACACAAGGUCAGAUGCUCUUUGGCGGGUUCAGCGCCGCUGGCAAGGCUCCACCUCCUUUCUCCGCCACGCCUUCGAAUGCUGCAACGCCAUCGUCCACCGUCGCUUCAGAUGCUUACCAUUCCGCAGUGUCCGAUCAAACCCCGCAAGCCUCGCGCCAAUCGUUCGGUGACGACUUUGACUCCGGCUUUGAUGACCUUGCUGAAGCCAAGGACGACGCUGGCCAACAAGACGAUGACGACAUUUUCUCGCCUCACCAUCGUGAAGGCCUUGACGAGUUCAACCCAGUUUUCGACUCUCCUGUUGCCAGUAAGAGCAACACCAUGCAAAGCCAGGCCACCCCCACCAACCAGGCUGGUCACAAGGCCGAUGACUCUUUUUCCGACUUUGAGCAUUUGACCCAGAGCUUUGCCAGCACGCAGGGCAAGGCACCAGCUCAAGGGGCUGUCGCCACCAGCCACGAUUGGGAUGCUAUUUUCAGCGGACUCGAAAGCGCACCUGGCUCGAGCGCGCAGCCCACCGCCGAGAACAGCCAGAUGCUAGGUGUAGGCCAGGCCACUGGUGACAAGAGCGCUGAGACUGAAAAGCCGCAGCUGGGUCGUGCGUUGAGCGCCGGGACGGAGCACGAUGAUCCGAUUCUGAAGAACUUGACUGGCAUGGGUUAUGCAAGGGGUGAUGCUCUGGCGGCAUUGGAAAAGUUCGACUAUGACAUCAACAAGGCUCUCGAUUUUCUUUCACCUAGGCAGCAGCCUCCUUCUCGUUCGCUUCCCCAACCACCUCCGCUGGUGAUUCCGUCUUCGGCCAUCAAUGCCUCGCCGUCUGUGCGACGGUUAAAACGAAUGUCCAAGGUGGCGUCUUUCCGCGAUUUGGGGGAGAAGCGGAGAGGGGAUGACUUGGCUCCGCCGAAACGUUUCCCUUCACCGUGA